CAACCCGGGACAAGGACAACUUCCGCCGAAGAUCUGAGACCUUUUUAUAUAUAUUGUUUUUACCCUAUUAGACGAGCUCGCUUCUCCAUUUGCGCCUCACACGGCACGGCGCCAUAAUAUAUUCUGCACCUGCAUCUUGCCGUUUCCCGGUAAAUUUGCCAUAGUGAAUAGCUGGCAGAAUUCGAAUAGGCAACCAACCACUAUAUUCAACACGCGGAACCCUCCACCUUUCCAUCCCUCGCUUUAUUCGUCUGCCGUUUUUGUUUUCCUGUUUCGUCGAGCGUUGCCCUUUGAACAAGCUCCGUCCGAGAGACAAAAAGCCACAAAAAAGAUGCGCACCUUUUCUCUCCUCGUUUCCCUCCUCCUCCUCGUCGUCUCCACCUCCGCCAUCGAGAUCAAGGUGGUGUCGGUGACGGCCGAGGAUGGCGCCAAGCCCAUCGACCCGGCCAGCAUCAAGCUGGUGCCGCGGCCCCUGAGCCCGUCCUCGAUCGAGCGCGUGCGCAACAAGACGGUCGAGGACGGGGACCCCGCCCACGCCGGCCGUCGGAGCGCCACCCCGGCCAACGCCGUGUCGUACAGCGGCAACUGGUGCGGCGCCAUGCAGAACGCCCCGGCCAGCAACCUCGUCUCGUCCGUGUCCGGCUGGCUCACGGCGCCGAUUCUCGACAUCAGGCACACCGAGAACCGGACGCCGCAGUUUGCCGCCUCCUGGAUGGGCAUCGACGGUGGGGAGAAUUGCCGGACUGCGCUGCUGCAGGGUGGCACGACGACUGAGAUCGAUGCCAAUGGUUUCCAGACUUCCAAGGCUUGGUUCGAGUGGAUCCCAGAUGCGGCUUAUGACAUUCCCAACAUGCCUGUGGCCCCCGGAGACAACAUCCACAUCGAGGUAGAAGCCAUAACCAGCAGGAAGGGCCGAAUCACAAUGACCAACGCAGACCAGCCCUUCUCCAUCGUGAUAGAGCUCACAGACGGCCAGCCCCUCUGUCGCCGGCAUGCAGAGUGGAUCGUCGAGAACUUCCGCAUCAACUCCAAUCGGGUGCCGUUCGCCAAGUUUGACGACAUUUGGUUCCAGGAGUGCGAGGUCAAGCUGCAGAACGGACAGACCUGGGGAGUGGAUGGCUCCAGGAUGUACUACAUGGAAACCGUCUACGAUGUCCCCGUCUGCCGUGCGCUCGAGUACGACAAUGGUAUAUUUUUGGCCGAGUCGGACGGAAACUGAAGGCUGUUUUUUUUGUCAAGUAGCCGCUUUUACUAGUCAUCUGUCACCUUGAGGUUCUACCCAGUAUUAAC